AGUGAUUCCCUUGACCAUUUGCAUCUUUAUACUCCCAUGCAUUCCCCUGGCUGCUGCCUGCAGGAAUGCCGAGAACCUGAUGAUGGUACUUAAAGGCAGCAGCUGCAUGCGUGCGCCUCAGCAAUGGCGAAAAAGGUCAUGUCAGGAGGCUGCUGUGCCGUCUACCCUCCUCCUCCAGUGGAUCCUGAUAACGAAUCAAAAUGUUCCAGUAAUCAAAUACAUCACCUGGAGAGAAUGGGGUGGAUGGAGACGCUCAAGCCGAUGCUCGCAAUGCUGGCCUUUGAUGCGCUCUUUGCCAUCAUGACUGCGAUGAUCAAGAAGGCGCUGGCUGAUGGGCUGAAUCAUGUUGUUCUUAUCGCACUGCGCCAAUUCGUCGCAGCGGUCUUCCUGGCACCAAUUGCCUACUUCAAAGAAAGGAAUGCAAGGCCAAGAUUCACAAAGGAGAUCUUCGCCUACUUUUUCAUGAGCGCGUUACUCGGGGCACUGUUAGCUCAGUACCUGUUCUUCCUGGGGUUGAGCUACACCACUGCAACACUGACUGCAACAUUCUCCAACAUGACUCCGGUGUUCACCUUCUUGAUCGCUGUCCCUCUCCGGUUGGAGACAGCAGAUGUGAGGAGCAAGGCAGGGCUGGCAAAGAUCAUUGGAACACUGGUAUCGGUCGGUGGUGCGACGCUGCUGAGCCUCUACAAGGGCGCCGCCCUGACCCACACAGCAGCAUCGUCAUCGCCAUCUUCAGCCCAGGAGCACGGUGGGAAUGGCGUCAUCAGCAAGCGGAGGUGGAUGCUCGGUUCGGCGCUGCUGCUGACCAACUGCGUCACCUUCUCCUUCUGGAUGCUGCUCCAGGGGAAGCUCACCAAGAAGUACCCCGCCGUGGUCUCCAGCACGGCGUUCAUGGCGCUGUUCAGCUCGCUGCAGGCGGCGGCGCUGGCGCUGACGACCCAGAGGCGCCUCUCCGUGUGGGUGCUCCGAGGAAGCGUGCAGAUCACAGCUGUGAUUUUCGCAGGAGUGGGAGUCUCAGGGAUAGGCUAUGUGCUGAUGACCUGGUGCAUCCACAAGAGAGGGCCGGUGUUCGCAGCAGGCUUCAUGCCUCUCAUCCAAAUCAUGGCUGCCGUCAUCGACCUAUUCAUCCUCCAUGAACAACUUUACCUUGGAAGGAACACAAGGCCUAAGCUAACACUGGAGAUCUUUGUCUACCACUUCUUCAGUGCAGUGCUUGGUGCUGCGCUCUCGCAGUACACCUUCUUCUACGGGCUGAAGUUGACGACUGCGACAUUCGCCAUAACAUUCUCCAACUUGGCUCCUGUCGUCACCUUCCUGAUCUCCAUAGUAUUACGGGAGGAAUCACUCAACAUGAAGAGCAAGGCAGGAGCUGCAAAGAUCCUUGGGACGCUCACGUCGCUCGGAGGCACGCUGCUACUGAGUCUCUACAAGGGUGUGGCCGUGACACACCAGACCACCGCUGCUGCACUAAGCUCAGCUCACCAUACAGCAGCAGCACCUGCUUCCUCUGAAGAUAACGACAAGAAGAGCUGGAUGCUGGGAACUGUAGUAUUACUGGCAAACUGCAUGUGCUUCUCCUUCUGGCUGCUGCUGCAAGCCAGGCUGACAAAGAAGUACCCGGCGCUAUACUCCAGCACCACCUUCAUGUUCUUCCUCAGCACACUGCAGGCCGGAGCACUGACGGUGACGAUGGAGAGGCACGCAUCGAUGUGGAUUGUGACAAGGAAGUUGGAGAUCAUCACAAUCUUGUAUUCGGGAAUCAUGGCGUCUGGAGCGGGCUACCUGAUAAUGACCUGGUGUGUCCAGAAGAGAGGUCCAGUUUUCACUGCUGCCUUCAUCCCCAUCAUUCAGAUCAUUGUAGCCAUCAUUGAUUUCUUCUUCCUCCAUGAGCAGCUCUAUCUUGGCAGCGUACUAGGAUCCGUGCUGAUGAUAUUUGGACUCUAUCUUCUGCUGUGGGGAAAGAAGAAGGAUGCCUCGGUAUGUUGUACUAACAAACAGGUGGACGAAGAGGCCGACAGCAAGGAUCGGAGCAGCAAGCAGUGAAAUCAUAAGGAACACUAUAUGUUCGUUUCAAAAAAAAAAGAAAAAAGAAAGAGGAACACUAUAUAUGUUUACAGUAUCCAAUACUGUAUCUCAGAAUAUAUCUUUUCUCCUAAUUUUUUCCCAGCUAGCAGCUAGUAUAUGGAAAUGGAACACCAUGUGCAACUGCUCCCUUCUAUCAAAAUAUAAGCUACAUUAUGGAAAG